GGAUAACUUUACCUUCACUGUUACUGCAUUCAGAUGAAAAAUUAGCAUGUUAGAAAAUCUUAUCCUCCUAAAUUUAAAAUUAGUAGGAUGAUAGCUAUCCUCGGUAGAAUCUUGGAAGCUGCCUGGAUUUAAGGCCGGCAAAUGCUGUGUGAAUCAGUCUCCAACCAGGUAAAAAUACUCAGGUUGGCUUUUUUUUUUUUAAGAGCAGAUUAUAAUACUAGCUUUGUCCGGAAAAUUGAUCUAAACUGUCAGUUCUUGAAGCCAGACUUGAAAUUUUGGGAAGAACGUGUCAGUUCCGCUCCUAGGGGAAGCCCUGGCCACGGGGUAGGCACUUUGGUGGAGCCUUGCCUUCCGGGCUCUCUGCCUUCGCGCAUGCGCUCUGGCGCCAACACCUCCGCCAGGAGAAGCGGGGCCCCAAGCCAGUCGAGGAGCGGGGCUGUGCGCAUGGUUGUGAUGUCACUGUGUGCGCCACAUCUUGUUGCCAGGCAGCGAUGGCGGCUACUCUGGAGUCAUCCGAGGAGGACACGCUGCUGAACUUUGUGCGAGUUUUGGAGAAGCGAGAUGGCACGGUGUUACGACUGCAGCAGUAUGGCUCCGGCGGCGUGGGUUGCGUUGUUUGGGACGCUGCCAUUGUCCUUUCUAAAUACCUGGAAACGCCCGGGUUUUCCGGCGAUGGGGCCCACACUCUGAGCCAGCGGUCGGUGCUGGAGCUGGGCUCUGGCACCGGGGCGGUGGGGCUCAUGGCUGCUACCCUCGGGGCAGAUGUCAUAGUCACCGAUCUUGAGGAAUUGCAGGACUUACUGAAGAUGAAUAUUAAUAUGAACAAGCAUCUUGUCACUGGUUCUAUUCAAGCCAAGGUACUGAAAUGGGGGGAAGAAAUAGAAGACUUUCCUUCUCCACCAGACUACAUACUGAUGGCUGACUGCAUAUACUACGAAGAGUCUUUGGAGCCACUUGUGAAAACCCUAAAAGAUCUCAGUGGAUCCGAUACUUGUAUUAUAUGUUGUUACGAACAACGAACAAUGGGAAAAAAUCCAGAAAUUGAGAAAAAGUAUUUUGAGCUCCUUCAAUUAGACUUUGACUUUGAAAAAAUUCCUUUGGAAAAACAUGAUGAAGAAUAUCGAAGUGAAGAUAUUCACAUUUUAUACAUCAGAAAGAAAAAAUCGAAAUUUCCAUCAUGAAAUCUUCUGGUAAGCAAACGAUUUGAAUGGAGCAUGUGAAUACAACAUGGGAAGAUUGUGUUUACAGAUUUUUCCAGCAUGUCCUUAGGGAUCUGAUACAUAGACAACCACCAUGGGCUGCCUGCAAUACAAAAGAUGACUGCCUGCCUGCCUGCCUACCAGUGGGACUGAAAUAGCUCAGCAUCAAGUUCUGUUUAAAAGAAACAUUGUGUGUCAGCCACUCCUCAAAUAAAAAUAGGUACUGAGGUUAGCCUAAAGUCUGCCAGAAAUCGACAGUGAAAUAGCAUGGUUGACUUGGCAUAUUUUCAGGAAACUAGAGAUAAGUUGAUCCAGUUUCUAAAGAGAGGUAUCUAGUACUAUUUAAUAAUGUUUAAAUUCAAAUCAGUAAAUUUUAGUUUGUCUUCAAAAUAAAUUUAAAAGAAGGUUUUCAAACAUGUAUACAAUGCUUUUUAUCAAAUGUGUCUUCCACUUCAUUGCUUUUAAGAUAGCUUUAAUAUUUAAGUGUUCUUUUACUUAAAAAAAAAAAAAAAAAAAAUUUUGGCCAAAGUUCUUUUCCUUUCCUCCACCAUACAUGUCUAUGUGAGUUAGUAAAUUAUACUGUAGUCAGUUGGAAAAGAUGAAAAUAAGAAAUCAGGAGAUUGAGAGGGAGGAGACAGUAUCUUUACAAAAUUUUUUAUUUGAGAAUAAAAAGCCCAUCUUCAGGCUCUUGCACUUUUGUGGCUUAUGCACUUUUUCUCAUGUAUACCUUCCAGGAAAAUGUGGCCCAAAUCACUAGUGUUAACUUGUGUAUGUGAAACCGAGAAAGGUUUUUAAGUAACUACAAGUGUAAUUCUUAUACAUUUACCAAAUGAUUUUGAUUCUGUGUAGUCUGUUUUAUGUUCUCGUGAUAAUCAUCUAAUCACAGACUGAUCUAUCAAGAUUUCAGUAAGACUGGUUCCAAAGCAUAAUAAUAACCAGAUGGAAUUCUUAUACUUACAGGCAUUAGUGCUAGGUGGCACAUACUAUGUGUUAAAAUAAACAUUGUUUCUUGAGA